AUGGGACAGAGCUGUGGCAGCUGCUUCUCAAGAUCCCAUGAUAUCCCAAUAUCAUCCUCUUCAGACCCUUCUCCUCAGCAUGAAUAUCGUCCUCCACGCAUAAAAUCCAAACAACCCGUAGACGCAAUACCAAAACCAGUCCCUUCCAAAACAUUCUCAUCGUCUUCAGAGAUUGGAAUUGGACCAAUUUUAGGCAAACCCUACUUUGAGCUGUCCACACUCUAUGUACUGGGUAAAGAACUUGGGAGGGGUCAGUUUGGGAUUACUCGUCUCUGCACAGAAAAGGCCACAGGCCUACAAUAUGCCUGCAAGUCUAUUUCCAGGCGAAAACUUAUUAGCACGAAGGAUAUAGAAGAUGUUAGGAGAGAGAUUCUGAUUCUACAGCAUGUGACUGGACAACCCAAUAUUGUGGAGUUCAAGGGUGCUUAUGAGGACAUACAAAAUCUGCACUUGGUGAUGGAGGUUUGCUCUGGUGGUGAGCUUUUCGAUCGAAUCACGGCUAAAGGGCGUUACUCAGAGAAAGAAGCAGCAAGGAUCGGUAGGCAGAUUUUGAAUGUGGUUCAUGCGUGUCAUUUUAUGGGAGUGAUGCAUAGGGACUUGAAGCCUGAGAAUUUCUUGCUGGUGAGCCGCGACGACGAUGCUCCAUUGAAGGCCAUCGAUUUUGGGCUCUCUGUCUUCAUAGAGGAAGACUUGGAAAAUUUGCUUGCUAAAAUUGGAACCUUGGUUGGUGUUAGUAAUGAGAGUACUUAUGUGGAUAGUAAUGAGAGUACUUAUGUGGAUGGCACUAUGGGUCAGCAAAACCAAGUAAAUAGUGAAAGUGACAAGUCAACCAGGUCAAUGAUAGUUUCUUUGUUCCCUCUAAAUUCAAACGGACAAAACAUCAAGCUGAAGGUAGAAUUGGUACUCCACAGCAUAAUGGCUGGGUCCAUAGCCCAUGACAUAUACAUGUGA